AUGAAUUUCACAUGGGCUAAUCAGUUGGCCAAAAAUGCGUUAAGAAAUGCACAAAAACGUAUCGAUUCAGUGCUCGAUAUAACACCUGAAGAAGAGUCAGACGAUGACAAUGAAGAAAACGAUAACAAUGCCAAAGAUUUGAUGCAUUCAAAUUCGGACAACUCAAAUGAUCAAAAAGGUAUCCAGCAAGAAGAUGUCGUUACAAAAUCAAACCAACAUCAAGCGGUCACAUUAUAUUCUCAGAUUUCAGAUGUCGCAACGAAUGUUUCCUGUGAGAAAACUGAAUGGAACUGUGGAAAUGCGACAGACUUAACCGAAGAUUCAUGCUCGCUUCCUCAUCAACAUGACGAUACGGUAACGAUUUCGUCGAGUGAUAUCGAAGUGCUACGUCAAGGAGAUUCGUGGUCACUCAUGUCAGUACCAACUAGUACAACGCAAGACGAUGCACCAAUUUUGCGCAUAUCCGAAUCAAUUUCGUUGGAGCCUUUUGCUCAGCAACAGUUACCAGCGGUAAUGUGUGAAGAGGAUGCAUCAUCGAUUAGUCAAAUGCGAACUGAAAUAGCACAACUCAGAUCUCAAAUACAACAUCAAGAACGUCGGAUUGGCGAUUUACUUGCUCAAAAUCAACGACUUGAGAAGAAAUCGCAUGAUUUGUUGGCACUGAAAGCAGCUAGAAACAAGCAAUCCUCAGCUGAAACGAAACUUAUCAAAAAAUUGAGUGAGAAAGAAUCUGAACUGGCAUCAUUGCUGCAAGAAGGCAAGUUGACGCUCAUUAUUGAAGUCACACCUUACUCAGUCCAGCACAAUUGUGAGAAGUUAGCUGAAACUAACGGUAAAUUAACGAAGGAACUGAAACGAUUGAGAACGAGUCUCGCUGAACAAGAUCAAUUGGCCAAGAAGGGUGCUCAAGCGGAAAUUGACCGAGAUUUAGCUAACGAACAGGUGCGCGGUUUGAAUGCUGAAAAUGCCAAACUCAGAGUCACCAUAAAGACGUUAGAAGAGGAUUGUUCUCGAAUGAAGGCAGCUGAUGAAAUUUUGGUGAACGAUCUGAAACGACGCGAUGAGCGAAUUGAGAAACUCACUGCUCAUUUGCAGACCGUUGAAAAAGAUAAAGACAGCGGUUUUGAGGAAGUCAAGAGGCUCUCUGAAAUAAUGGACGUACAACGUGACGCUGCGCAAAUGGUUGCUAUGGCAAACUCUCCAUUACUUGAGUCGAUUCGUCAACUGGAAAGUGAUGCAAAGUCGAAAGAGGUGGCUCAUGAGGCUAGUAUCAAUGAAAAAGAUCUCAUCAUCGCAUCACUUACUAAAACUAAAGAUGAAUUGCUUCGUCGAAAUAGCGAACUAAUUGAUGAAUUGAGCGAAGUAAGAUCUGAAAAUGAUGAGGCAAAUGUUAUGCUUACACAAAUCACUCAACAACUCAACAGUACUGAAACACAGAAUCGCAGUUUACAGAGCAGUUUGGAUAGGAGUGAACGCCUGAUCGAAGGUUUGAGAAUAUCGUUACAAUCAAAAGAAGUUGAAAUUGAUAAGUUUUACGUGAGGCUGAGAGAAGAAGCUGAGAAUGCAGAAAGACAGUCUGUUGAAAAGCAGAAAAAAAUUGAAAAGCUCACAUCCGAAUGCUCUGAUCUGAAUGAACAGUUGAGUUUAAUGCGGGAAAGAAUUAAUGAUGAAGGUGAAUCAUCACAAAUUGAACGAAAAAACUCUGAAAUAAAGCUGAAAACGUCAUUCAGUUCAAGCGCCUCUUCUAAUAAACAAGCUUCUCUCCCUUAUAUGUCAUCUUCUAAUGCAGCACAGAUUGAAUUGGCUGAUAUUAUAAUGAAGUACGAACAGUCCAUGCGACAGGUUUCUUCUCUAGAAGCUAAAUUAGCCUCGAUGCAAGAAGAUAAUAAAAUGCUUGUAUCAUUGAAAAAGAAGUACCAGGAUCUGAACGAACGAUACGAGAAUCUGCUUGAAGCUCAUGGAGAAAAAAUCGAAAGAAUUGAAGAACUCGAAUUAGACAUUGCUGACGUUAAAAAACUUUUUAGAGAUCAGAUGGAACUUCUGCUGGGUAAGAAUUAA